AGGUUGAGGGACCAAUGGGAGCCCAGGGAGGCCUGGCUGGGGGCGGGACCUCGGGGGCGCGAGAGCGCGGCCGAGUGUGUCGCGCGCGGAACCGCCGCGGGCUGCUGGGAGAGUGUCCCGGAGUGGCGGCUGGAGUUGCGUCCCCGCCGGAGCGCGGCCAGACUAAUUUUAGAAAAUGCCAAGUAGGAAGUUUGCCGAGGGUGAGGUCGUGAGAGGUCGAUGGCCUGGGAGCUCCCUGUAUUAUGAAGUAGAAAUUCUCAGCUAUGACAGCAAGUCCCAGCUAUACACUGUGAAAUACAAGGACGGGACUGAACUGGAGUUGAAGGAGAGCGAUGUCAAGCCUUUAAAAUCCUUUAAGCAAAGAAAAGGUGGCUCAACUUCCAGCUCUCCUUCAAGACGCCGCAGCAGCCGCUCAAGGUCACGUUCCCGAUCCCCUGGCAGGGCACCAAAAGGUUCCAGAAGAUCUGCCUCUGCUUCCCACCAGGCUGACAUUAAGGAAAAGGGAGCACGGAGGGAAAUCUUGCAAGUUAAAUUGACUCCGCUUGUAUUGAAACCAUUUGGAAACAGCAUCAAUGUAAUCAAUGGGGAGCCAGAACACAUGGAGAAGAAUGACAUAUCUCAUAAAAACAAGCAGGAAAGAGUCAUUUUGUCACCAGAAAGCAGUUACAUAGCUACACAGUACAGCCUUCGUCCAAGAAGAGAAGAGGUCAAAGUCAGAGAAAUAGAGUCCAAGGAACAAAAGCUUGCUCCCAAAGUCCCUGCAGCUUUGGAACCCUUUCAAGUGACCACACCACAGAGGAAGGAGUUAGAGUUUGGAGGAGUACCUGGUGCGUCCCUCAUCAUGAUCGGCCUGCCUGCCUGCCUCUUCCUGCUGCUACUGCAGUGCAGGCAGAAGGACCCCAGCCUGCUGAGCCUCCCUCCUCCUCUGCCAGCUUUGGGUGAACUGUGGGAACCCAGAGUGUGUGGCAUCUACCUCCUCUGGUUUUUCGUUCAAGCUCUCUUUCACCUUCUGCCAAUUGGGAAGGUUGUAGAAGGAACCACUCUUGUUGAUGGAAGAAGACUCAAGUACAGACUAAAUGGAUUCUACGCUUUUGUCCUGACAUCUGCCAUCGUGGGAAUCUCUCUCUUCUGGGGCAUAGAGCUGUGUUACAUGUAUACUCACUUCCUUCAGUUCGCACUUGCAGCCACUGUGUUUUCGGUGAUCUUGAGUGUUUACCUCUAUGCUCGCUCUUUGAAGGCCCCUCGGGAUGAGCUGUCACCUGCCAGUUCUGGAAAUGCUAUCUACGAUUUCUUCAUUGGCCGUGAAUUAAACCCUCGAAUUGGUGCUUUUGACCUCAAAUACUUUUGUGAACUGCGCCCUGGAUUGAUCGGAUGGGUGGUUGUUAACUUGGUGAUGCUUUUGGCUGAAAUGAAAGUACAGGAACGUGGUACCCCGUCUUUGGCAAUGGUCUUGGUUAACAGUUUCCAGUUCUUGUAUGUGAUGGAUGCCCUCUGGAAUGAGGAAGCGUUGCUGACCACCAUGGACAUCAUCCACGAUGGCUUUGGCUUCAUGUUGGCCUUUGGGGACUUAGUGUGGGUCCCAUUCACCUACAGCCUUCAGGCCUUUUACCUGGUCACCCACCCCCAAGACUUGUCCUGGCCCUUGGCUUCUGUCAUUAUUGCUCUGAAACUUUGUGGCUAUGUAAUCUUCCGUUGUGCAAACUCCCAGAAAAAUGCAUUCCGGAAGAAUCCCACUGAUCCGAAGCUUGCACAUUUAAAGACCAUUCAUACGUCCACGGGUAAGAGUCUGCUUGUCUCUGGAUGGUGGGGCUUUGUUCGCCAUCCGAAUUACUUAGGUGACCUCAUCAUGGCGCUGGCGUGGUCCCUCCCAUGUGGUUUUAACCACCUCCUGCCUUACUUCUAUGUCAUCUACUUCACUGCGUUGCUUGUCCACCGCGAAGCUCGUGAUGAGCACCAGUGUAAGAGGAAAUAUGGCCUGGCCUGGGAGAAGUACUGCCAGCGUGUGCCCUACCGCAUCCUCCCCUAUGUUUACUGACCCGAACUCGAUGCCACCAUAGGUCAGAUGUCUGUCACACACACACACAAAAAAAAAACAAACAAACAAACAAAAAAAAAAAGAACGAACUGUUGGUGCACUGACAGGAGCUCUGAGUUUGUUCUUUGAGUCAGGACUACAGAGCCAAAUAGUAGACCCUUUUAAUGUAGUUGUAUAGCAGUUAAUAAGGGAAACACAAAGGUGAUAGAAUUUGCUUGUUAAUAGGAAAGUUUUAAUCCCUAAAAAUCUGAAGGCUUUUUUAUUUUUCAAAAAAUUUUUUUUUGUUUUUCUUAAGUGAAAACCUUUAAAGCACAUCUAUGCUUUAUUGUACUUAAAGAGACAUUAAUGAAAAUUCUGUCUCUAAAUAUAUGUCCAGUAAACCCCAGCCCAGUAUUGGUGGUAUAUGUGAAGAGUAAGCAGAUUUCUUGCAGGCCCUGUUUAAGGGUGGCCAUUUAUAGCAGGCCUGGCCUCAGCCGUUAAAAGUGCAUUUGGAAAUGUAAAUACAUAGCUUACACUUUUAUGUAAAUAUAUGGUGACUUGUGAUUUUUCUGUACAGUUUUUGAAUGUGAGAUAAUUGUCAGGAACUAAGUUUUUGUAAAGUAAUGUGAAUUUAAAAAUGUAAAGCAAUUAGAAUUCAUUUAAAGUUAAAACAUAGAAAAGUUAUUUUUCUUUAUCCAAAGUUUUGUGAAUUUGGCUUUGCUACCUCAAUUUGCAGGUGUGUUUGCCUUUAUAAACUGUUGCAAAUAGAAAAAAAAUAUAUUUUUGGAGUAACAGCACUAUUUAAACAUUUUUACACACAUUGGUGUUAGAAAAAUUGCCAUUUCAGGCUACUAUUUUUAUAUAUUUUUGACAGUUUAUUUUGUAUCAUAAUUCUACCUGAAACAACUUUAAGGAGCUAGUUUAAACUUUAGUUUCAUAGUAACUCUCCUGGAGCAGGAGCAGGGUAGGUGGCAAAUUCCCUAGACUUUUAUAUUCAAAGCUACAUGGUUCUCAGAAUAUUACACAAGGAUGUAGUGAGACUGUGUACAUUUGGGUUUCGAUGCAAAGAGUUCAUGCAGCUUAGAAUAUGAUCAUGAAGUUGACACUCUGCAUGCUAUAAUUUUUAGACUGUUUUUAUGAAAUUGUCAUUAUUUUACAGUACUAAGGUUUUCAAGUAGGUGUUUUUCUAUUUCGCUUUUCUCCUGGUAUCAGAAAAUGGUAUCAGCACAUGUGUGCUGAACUUACAAGGGAAUGUGGGGUUCUUUGCCUGGUAGUGAGAAAGAGCCUGAGAUAGGAUAGUGUGCAAGUUGUUUUUUAAUUUGAUGUUUGGCAAGGUUUGUAAUAAAAUUUUAGUUGAAAAUAAAGAGUUGCUUUGGUCAC